AUGGCCGCUCCAGUACCAUUGGAUCGCAUACCCCCCACGACAACCGCCUACGUGGUUGCGACGGCUAUUGUUGCUGGCGUCACUGGAUACUUCAUCGGCCAAGGCGCAUCGCUCAAACUAUUCUCAAGUGAAAAAGAGGGCUGGCCCAAUAGCUACAAUGUGAAGGUGCACCGGGAUUCAUCGGACGAAGAAUAUGAGGAAGGGGAGGAGUCUGGCGACGAGAGCGAGGAAGACGAAGGGAAUGGCGAGGAGCUGGCCUCUUUCAAGGAUAACACCGAGGAGGUGAAGCUGGUGUUGGUUGUUCGGAUGGACCUGGGCAUGACCAAGGGCAAAAUCGCCGCCCAAUGCUCCCAUGCCACCCUCGCUUGCUACAAAUAUUUCCUCGCUCACUCGCCCGAUUCGCCCAUCCUCCGGAAAUGGGAACGCGGUGGCCAGGCCAAGAUCGCGCUGCAGGUCAAGUCGGAGGACGAGCUGCUAGUGAUGCAGGCGCAGGCGAUCAGCCUCGGGCUGUGUGCGCGUGUCAUCCAGGAUGCAGGACGGACUCAGAUUGCCAGCGGCAGCCAGACAGUACUGGGAGUGUUAGGGCCGAAGAGCGUCGUGGACAGCGUGACGGGGCACCUAAAGCUGCUCUAG